UUAAAAAGUGAUAUUGUACCGUAGUUUCUACAAUUUACUUAUAGAUGUAUGGCGCUGAAAGCAAUGGCUGAGAGCGUCCUAAGUUGUAAAGAAACUUCAAUGAGUGAGAUGACUGCUCUCAAGCUUCUCUUUGGUAGUACUUUACUAAAGAAAUUUCUUUAUAUCUUAGUAAAGUUUGGCCAUUUUCAUAUGUUUUUAUAUUAUAAUCAAAUAAUAAAUAAUAUAUAGGAAUUAUUAGAAUAAAAAGAACAUAACAGCAAAAUUCUGUGGGAAUUCGCACUUUUGUAAAGACAGUUUGAAUUUUUCAUUUCAGUAAUUUGAUAAAAGUUUGAUGAAGUUUCGCUAUUCUAGCUCCGUCAUUCUUUUUAAUGAGCAAUAAUGAGUAAUAUUUACUGUACAAAAUCAUUUGUACGCGCAACUAUUUCAUCGGUAGAAUUUGGUUCAUAUAUGUAUAAAUCAAGUCUUGCUUUUGUUCCAAAAUGCAAUCCAACAAGAACGGAAGAUGUGAUCAAACUCAAAGAAUUUAUUGACAGAAACAAUCGCCUGUGCGUGCUAACUGGAGCAGGAAUAUCCACAGAAAGUGGUAUUCCUGAUUACAGAUCAGAAGAAGUUGGUCUUUAUGCCCGAAGUAAUCAUAAGCCAGUUUUUUAUCAAGAAUUUUGCAGGAGUGAAGCAAGUAGAAAACGAUACUGGGCUAGAAAUUAUGUUGGUUGGCCAAGGUUUUCAUCUCUCAAACCAAAUGUUACACAUAAAAUAUUAAAAGAGUUAGAAGAUAUUGGAAAGAUACGGUGUUUUAUUACACAGAAUGUUGAUAACUUACACUCAAAAGCGGGAAGUAAAAAUGUGAUAGAGCUACAUGGAACAUCAUUCAGAGUGAUGUGUCUCAAUUGUGAUCAUAAAAUAUGCAGAUAUGAACUUCAACAGAUUUUUCAGAAAUUGAAUCCAUCAAUGACUGCAACUACUCAAAUGAUAAGACCUGAUGGAGAUGUAGAGUUACUACAGACACAAGUGGAAGAUUUUAAAGUUCCCGCUUGUGGUAAUUGCAAUGGAAUUUUGAAACCUGAUAUUGUAUUUUUUGGCGACAACGUACCACAUGACGUGGUACAAGAUGUACAAGCCAAUGUGGAAGCUUCAGAUGCUUUGUUAAUUUUGGGGACAACUCUUACCACAUUCUCUGCAUACAGAAUUGUGCUGCAAGCAGUUGAUGCAAAAAAGCCAGUAGCAAUAGUGAAUAUUGGCAAAACUAGAGCUGACGAAUUAGUAAAUUUAAGAAUAGAAGGAAGAUGUGGAGAUGUUCUAUCAAAAGUUUGGCAGCUCAGUUUUAGCAGAUGAUGUUAA